AUGCUCCGGUUUCUGCGCGGACUGCUUUGCUUUUCGUCUCCUCAUACUUCCAUCAGCGACGAUCCGGUCUCAGAAGCCACGCACAGCGCCAAUGCCACUGAAACAACAUGUCUUCCGCGCCCCAGCUCACGUUCACAGCUGCCUGUUCUAGUCAGGGCUCUUCCAGCUUCACCCUUGGACAGCUUGACCGGUACUGUCAGCUCAGGUACCUCUACUACUGCAGGCUCAUCUGCAGACACUAAGCCCACAGAAUGUUCAACGACCACUGAAAGUCCUUCCUCGUUCUCCGAGGUGCUGGCCAAGUUUCCCUGGCCAUCGCUCGACACUAGCACAUACAUCCCAAUCCUGCAGGAGGAUGGUACGCUCCAAGCGCCUCCACACCUUUCAUUCGGUGGAUAUGGCUCGUUUGGGGGCCGCUUCGCCCCUGAGUCGAUCAUGAGCUUCCUCUACGAGCUCAGCUCGUUCUUCGAAGAGAGCAUCCUGGACCCGUCAUUCUGGGCUGAGUAUGCUAGUGUUCAGCAAACGCGAGCGACCCCACUGCAAGUGGCGGGCAAGCUCACAGACCUGGCCGGGGGUGCCACCAUCUGGCUGAAGCGCGAGGACCAGAACGAGUAUGGCAGCCACAAGACGCGCAACAUUGUCGGUCAGCUGCUGCUGGCACGCCGUAUGGGUUUCAAUGAGAUUGUCACCGACUGUGCAUCGGCCAAGCAUGGCAACUUCACGGCGGCCAUGUGCGCGCGCCUCGGUCUGCGCUGUGUAGUGAUGAUGGGCUCCGACGAUGGCCGCGUCCAGCAGGAAGAUAUCCUCCAAAUGAAGCUUCUGGGGGCUAAGGUGCUAACAGCCUUUGCAACCUCGGGUCUGGGUACGCUCCGCGCCGCUAUCACAGAUGCGUUGCGCUAUUCAGUCUGUAACCACGAGACGGCAUACUACCUAAUGGGUAGCCCAGUGGGUCCAGCUCCUCUGCCGACCCUAGCACGAACGUUUCAGGGACUCUUAGGCGAGGAGGUCGCGGCCCAGAUGCAAGAUGCUGCUGGUCGCCAACCUGACGCUGUCAUCACCGCCGUAGGCGGCGGGAGUGGCGCCAUCGGACUCUUCAGACCAUUCCUUCAGAAUCCCGCCAUCCGCCUCGUGGGUGUCGAAGCCGCAAAGGCAGCUGCCUUAACAGAAGGCGAGGUGGGCGUCCUCCAGGGCUCGCGGACUUACUUGCUUCAGAACAGCCACGGCCAGAUCAUUGAUUCACAUUCCAUCUCACCAGACCUGAAUCUCUCCAGCGUGGGGCCUGAGCUCGCGCAUUGGAAGAACUGCGGCCGGAUUGAAAUCUCGACCGCCACGGACGCGGAUGCCCUGGCUGGAUUUGAAACCAUUCAACACCACGAGGGAUUUCUGCCCGGCCUAGACUCGAGUCACGCGGUGAACAGGACCAUCGAUCUCGCGAGGGAACUGGGUCCCGGCAAGAAUCUCGUGCUGCUGGUGACCGGGUCUGAUAACAUUGACCUCAGUAGAGUGGGAGUUGUUUGA